UGUCCUGCUGGGGCGGGUUCCGGGCUAUAGGCUGCAGGAGGCAGGUUGCCUGGCCGUGGCUACCCCGAGUCCAUCUACCCUUCAUGGGCCAAAGCCCUCUGUCACUUCACAACCCGGAUAGCGAUGACGUUUGCUGAGGACAAGACUUAUCAGUAUAUCCGCAACCAUCACAGGAAUUUUUGCAAGAUCCAUGUUCUGGAGAUUCUGCCUUACCUGUCCUGCCUCACAGCAAGUGACCAGGACAGACUGCGGGCCUCCUUUGAGCGCUGGGGCAACCAGGGCACCCUCUGGGACCUCUUCGACAGCCUUCGGCGGAGGAGCGGCUGGGUACAGUCCUUCAUCGGGGCACUGAGGAUCUGUGAGCUGUCUGAUCUCGCUGACGAAGUGUCCCGUGUCUACCAGAACAGCCUGCUGCGGAAUUCAAACAGCCCCCCAGCUCCACUGGAGCCGCCGUCUAUUCCUGCUGAGGCUCCAGGGCCUUCCAGACCUGCUGUGGCCCCCAGCAUCCCCCACAAUAGCUACAGAGAGGAUGAGCCAAGUUACCCCAUGCCUGUCCAGGAUACCCAGCCGCCAGAGGCCCCAGGAGAGAGUUCAAAGACAGCGCCACAGCCACCCAACUCUGGGGCUGUCCUGAAGAGGCCAGGUGGCCCCCUGGAGCCCUCCUCUGAUGUGGCCCUCAGCCCUCUGACCUCAGGUGGGCAUCAGAAGCAGGACACAGAACUGGGCAGUGCCCACACAGCAGGCACGGUCUCCAGCCCCACGUCACCCCGUGGGCCUGUGUCUCCGACUGUCUCCUUCCAGCCCUUGGCCCGUUCUACCCCCAGGGCAAGCCGUUUGCCUGGACCACCCGUGUCUACUGCCUCUUCCUCCACUGGCUUGGCCUCUGCAGGCGGAGCUGGUGACCAGGUUGAAGCUACCAUCUGCUCCGGUGGGGCAGGGGUGCCCACCACCUCUGUGACUGCCAGCAUGGUGCCCUCUAAAGUGCCCACCAACUCAGCAUUUGCCAGCACCAUGCCUUCCAAGUUGCCCACCAGCCUGAAGCCCCCUGGUGCAAUGUCCACUAACGUGUCCCCCAGUGUAGCACCAUCCAAAUUGCCCAUCAACUCCACGCGUUCUGGUGCAAUGUCACCCAAAGUGCCUACUGGCUUGCUGCCGGACCACAGGAAACCUACAAGCACGGUGGCCAGCAAGGUGCCUGCCAACACUGGGCCCACCAUCAGGAGCAGCAACCGUCCUGAAAAGGAGACUCCAGCAUCUCCAGCGCCCAUAGGCACUGCCGCUGGAGGCACCUCGCCCUCGCCAGACAGCAACUCUGACCGCUGGGACUCAGAGGAGCUGGAGCUGAGCAAGCCUGGUAGGCUGGUGUCCAGGAUGGACAGCCAGCCUUUCUCGGGCUCCUCCGAGGACCUCGCCAUCAGCUACAGCAAUCCUCUGGGCUCAGGGCCUGACAACACCCCGGAAGAGAACGAGUACGUGUCAGUGGACACUAUUAGGAUCAAGGGGGACCCCAGCACCCCACCUGUAGGGGACAGCCCGGGGCCACUCACUGCCUCGGAGUUCCAGGCAGAGGAGGAGUUGGAAGAGGGGUUGGAAGAGGUCAAGACUGAGGCUAGGGCUCCUUGGGUUGAGGUGGCGGUGGUUGGGGUGCUUCUGGCCACACUCCUGGCCGUGCUGUACCGGCGGCGCCUGCCCCAGUGAGGCUCCUGGGCCCUGUCCACCACGUAUCUGUUCCCUUCCCCAAGAUACAUCUGCCUGAGCCACAGAGCCAAGUUAUCCCAGCAUCCCUGACCCUUUUGUGGAGCUGGCAGAGGCUGGGUCAGAGGGGAGGCAGGGGGCCCCAGGCUUAGUCCUAGCAGGCCGCAUUUCGGUCCCAUUGUCCUCUGUGGCUCCCCCACCAUCCUUGGCUUUUGGGGACCCGUGCUGCCCUGGGUGCUCCAGACCAUCUGGCCAUCUGGGUUGUUACCUUUGUCCUCUGGAGGAGGUGCCUCUGUCUCAAGUCCAAGGAUCAGGAGGUGCAGCUGGAGAUGGCAGGGCGUCAACAACAUCCGCUGUCCUGCCCUGAUCCCUGGCAGCCCACAGCAGAGGGGUGGGGCAGGGGGCCCCACAGGACUUUGCUCCAGCCCCCAGGGGCCCCAGGAACAGCAUGGUGGCCCAUCUCUAAGGACCUAGUUCCCUGCUUCCCCUGGCACACAAGGAUGGGAGGAGGUCUGGAGAGUCCCAUGGACCCCUGGGAAGCCUGACCAGCUGCUGGGCCUGAGAACCACCUAAAGAGCCCCUCUCCAGCCUCCGAAGAGCCCCUCUGCAGCCUCCAUAUCCUGGUCUCUCUUCACCUCCCUAUGGGGGCUGGGGAGGGAACACCUGCAGGGCAGAGCUCAGGCCAAGGUGCAGAUUUCGGCUCCACCCCUUCCUGGGCUGUGUGGCCUUGGCAGCUCAUCAGACUUCUCUGGUCUUGCUCACCCAUGUGGGCGGUGAGCGUCAUGCCUUAUCCUUCACUGCCUUCUCCUGAGAUUGAAGCCUACAUGUCUUUGUCAAGUGCCUGGCUCAGAGCAGGUGGCUGCUAAAUGCUUUUCCCCAUCUCUCCCUGGCAGUGAGUGGCCCCGGGCUGUCCCCUACAGGUGAGGUGCUGGGGUCCCCCUAGUGUGUGCUGUGCUGUAGGGUGGCCUAGGUCUGCAUCCCGCUCUCACUAAUUCUGUGCUCUUUGGCAAGAUAUUAACCUCUCUGUGCCUCAGUUUUCUCACCUGUAAAAAGAGGAUGAGUAGUGGAAUUUUAUAUAUAUAGAUACACAUGUCCUAGUGUCAUAAGGAUUAAAUGAGUUUAUCUAUU